AUCGACUCUGAUUUCCAGCAUGUGCAGUCCUUGCUGUUUCCUAUAACGAGCUUCCAGUUUGUAAAUGGUUCCUGUAUUUUUACCCAGGAAUUGAAUUUUCAUAUUGUGGAUCUGGCAAACAGGCACUUAUGUCCAAGAUAAUAAAAUGUGAGGCUGGAUGAACACAGCAGGCCAAGCAGCAUCUCAGGAGCACAAAAGCUGACGUUUCGGGCCUAGACCGUUCAGCUCCGUGGUGGUCCCGUGCUUUCUUCUGGAAGCAGCUCGUUUGACUGCACAGAUCCCAUUUUUAACUUCAGUGUAAUAAACCUAUAUAAAGCGAGCAGAAUGUCUGAGAGCGGAUGUAGGCGCAAGGAUUGGUGGGCUCUGUAGUUUAUAGAAAUCUGCUUCCUCAUAAAACCCACGGUACAAAUUCCACGUUAGCACCGCAGUCGUUGGGGAAAAGAAAGUAGGAAAAUUGACUUACCCUCAGAGCGCACGCUAGGGAGAUGGGUCGACUUGAUGGAAAAGUGAUUGUACUCUCUGCAGCAGCACAAGGUAUUGGACGAGCAUGUGCAAUUGCAUUUGGAAAGGAGGGUGCUAAGGUUAUUGCUACUGAUAUAAAUGAAGAGAAACUAAAGGAAUUGGAGCAAUAUUUCGGUAUUGAAACUAAAGUACUGGAUGUGACUCAGAAAGUGCAAGUAGAAAUGCUGGCCAAGGAAAUUGAAAAGAUCGACGUCCUGUUUAACUGUGCAGGUUUUGUUCAUCAUGGCACAAUUCUGGAUUGUGAAGACAAAGAUUGGGACUUUACCAUGAAUCUUAAUGUCCGCAGUAUGUAUUUGAUGAUCAAAGCCUUUUUACCGAAGAUGGGCCCUGACAACAUUCUGGCAAUAGUACUGAAGACUUGUGCUCCAGACCUUGCUGCUCCCCUAGAGUUACAAGAUUGGUAUCUACCCAACAAUUUGGAAAAUUGCCCAGGUGUUGUAAACAGAUGUGCGUAUAGCUCUUCCAAGGCAGCUGUUAUUGGAUUGACCAAGUCUGUUGCUGCAGAUUUCAUUGAACAAGGUAUCGUUUGCAACUGUGUAUGUCCAGGUACUGUGGACACACCAUCCCUGAGAGAGAGAAUCCAAGCGAGGCCAAAUCCUCAACAGGCUUUGAAAGAUUUCCUGGACAGGCAGAAGACAGGUCGAAUGGCCACUGCUGAGGAAGUGGCUCACCUUUGUGUAUAUCUGGCAUCUGAUGAAUCAGCCUACGUCACUGGAAAAGAAUUUAUCAUCGAUGGAGGAUGGAGCUUAUGAAUAUUAUAUUGCCUUGAAUGGUGAAUAAUGCAAUGAUCUAAAUCACCAAAACCAGUUUGUGGUUUGGUUAUGACAUAAACUGGAGGUGGUAUUCUUUUAAUUAUGAAUGGAUGACUUGUAAUUUUCAGUUCUGUAAAUUUGAUAUUGAUUUUUUUUUCAUCGUCGCUCCCCAUGUAGGGCCUAUCUCAGUGUACUGUAGUUUAACCAAUUGCCUACUACUUGCCAAAAAUACAUCUCCCUGAUGAAACUUUCCAAAUCAGAUUGCACCAUUGGAAGCUUGCAUUUAUAAAAUCAUCCAUUCGGGAAUAAUACAGCACUGCAGGAGGCCAUUCAUCCUAUGUGACUGUGCUGGCUCGGAAACCACUCCCCCGUUUUUUCCCCACUCCAACUAGUUGUCAACGUUGUUGUUGCUCAAUCUGCUUUCAUCACCCUUUUGGAGAGCUCAUUUCAGAACGUAACAACUUGCAGCAUAAAACAUGUUUGUUUCCCAUCUUGUCUCUGCUUCAGUACCAGUGCUUUUAGUCUGUGGCUCCUGAUGAUCAAGCUUUAUUCACCUCAUUGUUUUAUCUCCAGUCUUCUCUCAAACUUCUGAGUUGUAGGGACAGUAACCCUGGUUUCGCCUGCUUUUCCACAUAACCGAAAAUGUUUACUUGGAAGCAUUCUACUCAAUUUCCUUUGCACUAUUUCUAAGGCCUUGAUAUCCCUGUUGGCCAGAAAUGAUGUAAAUGCACCACUCAGCAAGAAAAGACUUACAUUUAUAUAGCACCUUUCAGGACCACUGGACAUUGCAAACUUGCUCCAACCAAUAAAGUACUUUUUUUUAAUGAAGUAUAGUCACUGUUGUAAUGUGGGACAUACACCAAUCAAUUUGAUCAUAGCAAGAUCCCAUAAACAGCCAUGUGACACUGACCAGGAGAUUAAAGCAAUAGAAUCAUUAUGUGAUUUAGGCUUAUGGAUAAAUAUUGACCAUGAUGCCUUGGAGAUCUCCCCUGUCCUUUUCCGAAAUAGUGCAAUGAGAUCUUAUUAAUCCACCUGUGAUAUGAGGCUGAGCCUCAGUUUGAUAUGUUACCCAAAAAGCUGAUCUCAACACAAUACAGCACACCUUCCAUACUGAACUGAUGUGACAGCUUUGCUUUUGUGCUCAAGUUCUGAAGUGGAACCUGAACCUUUAAAGUGCUGUUAAUUGACUCUGAGCUAAUACUUAAAUGGUGGAUUGUAAGACUAUGCCAACAAUCUCUACAGUUUCCACUUGUGUGCCCCUUAAAUAAACCAAGGAUGCAUCCCAUUCAGACUAGGCAGCUUGUACUGUGACCUUGAUAGUAAUCCCUUCUGUAAUAUUGCUGAAAAGGACACAUUUGAUCGAAGGCACAUUGGUUGUCAGUUAGACUGGCAAUGUGACGUACCCACGUGUUAGAAGCUACUUAUAUCAAUAUUUAGAACCCUCUUUACAGACAGAAGGAACACAUCCACGCAUUGCACCUGUUUAGAUUCAAUAAAAUAGGUGACUGGUUCAUUUGUUGGAGCAACGCCUAACUAAUCACAGGUAACCUUCCUGGUUUAAAAUUUAAACAAAAUUUGUCAGUUGGUGCAUUCUCCAUGCAAUGCAUUUACCAAUCAAAGUCUACUAGCCAACCAAUCAGCACUCUGUUCUCAUACAGUAUGUUUAUUUUCCCUUUUAUUGGUAUUUCUUCCAUAUUGUCCUGAUGAACGCAAAAUGAUAAGCUUUUACAAAAAGUGCCUUUUCUCAGCAAUACUUAAUUUUGUGCCAUCAAACGACUAUCCCCUCUUUAGUGAAUAUAAAUAAAAAUAUCAUAUCAUCUAACGCUUGACACAAGAUUAUUUCCUUUUCGUCCCUAAUUAACUAGACCCAUCCACGUUCAUAAGAGAGUUUUCAACUGUUUUGUGUCAUCUGUUGAUAUAUUACCAUUUAUUGUCUCUUUGUCUGUCAUUUCCUUUUUCACCUUUUCCCUGUUUCUUUCACAUUUAUUAUAAGUUUUGCCUUUUUUUUGUUUCACUCUAUGGCACAGGUAUUCCAAUGAUCAGACAGUUAUUUCAGCGUUAUAGAUUCAACUUGCACACAGGGACCAUGCAGAAACCCUAACAUAGAUAACUCUGAUGGAAUUAUGUGACAAACUGAGAAUUACAGUAUGAAAUUACCCUGAAUAUGAGUCCCACCAAAAAAAGCCCAUUAAAGUUGGAGAAUUUGGGACGUUCUGAUAUAGUGUAGCCAGGAGAAGUUAGAAGAUGAAAGAAUCUACCCAAUUCUUGGAAAACUAUUAAACUGAACUGCCAAGUUGGCACUAAUGAACUUUCCUCCCUUUUCAAUUUAUAUCCAGAUAUUUGUAGCCCCUCAGUAUCAUUACUGUAAAGUCCAGACAGUUUCCUGUGAUGUAAUCCUCUCAGCUGAAGUCCAGUUCUGGGUGCCACACUUUAGGAAGGACGUGAAUGGUAUUAGAAAGGAUGCAGAAAGACUCGUGACGAUCAUUCCAGGACUGAGGAGCUUCAAUUACGCAGAUAGUUUUGAAACAUUGGGAUGGUUUUUCUUGGUGAAGGGGAAGAGAUAAUUUGAUGGAGCGGCCUGAAUAGAGGAAAUAGAACGAAUCUGUUCCCAUUUAUGAAACAAUCAGGAGAUUGCCAAGAUUAUCAGACUGAAAAGUAAUUGGCAAAGGAAGUGGAUCAACACAAGGAAAACCUUGUUCACGCAGUGAGUGGUUAGGAACUAGAGUGCAUUGCUGAGGCAGAUUCAAUCAAAGAUGAAAAAGAUUUUACACAGUUAUAGGAAGCUUUUACAGAGGUGAUGAACAGUUUGUAUGAUCAACUUCCCACUCUUGGUAGGUCUGUAAUAUACAUUAGCAGUAUAUGCACUCAUCUAUUGUCUCUUAAUUCAAAACAAUACAUUCUGUCUUUGACCCCUCAGAUGCAUUAUCAUUUUUAGCACUGCAACUAUAUCUUUGAUCAAAAUUGCCAACCCUCUUCUUUACAUUCUAUAUUGUUGCUGCAUAUAUUAUAAUUACGGUGAUUUCUCUUUGAGUCAGGCCCUAUUUGUAAUCCCGUGACAAGAUGCACCUUUAGUAAUCAGUCAUAUUUACCAUACUCCAUGUGUUUACACUCACAUGCUGCCCAAUCUUCAGAAAUGGUCUAGGCCUGAAACGUCAGCUUUUCUGCUCCUCUGAUGCUACUUGGCCUGCUGUGUUCAUCCAGCUGUACACCUUGUUACCUCAGAUUCUCCAGCAUCUGCAGUUCCUACUAUCUCUGCUGCCCUAUCUUGAUCUCUUUUGCCUGUGGCUGAUCCUUCCUACUUUAUUGCUGUUCUCCUCUCCAAUCUUCUGUGCACAUCCUUACUUAUGCUUUAACCCAGUGUCCCCUUCCCAUUGUUUCUUAAUCUAAAAUCUUUAUCACAGAAUUAGUUAACCAUUGUAUGUCAACAUUGAUCCAGUCCUAUCGAGGUGUAAGAACAUCCCCAUUGCUUCUGACUGUUCCAACUGGAAGUUCUCCAUCCUGCUGCAUUUUCCACAAAUCUCCCUUAACUCCUGUUCCCAUAUUCAGGAGCUGUAACUGUUUUUCUAAAGGUCACUGGUUACAAUGUUAACUAUAUAUCAUGGGUGUUAAUGUAUCAUAGAAUCCCUACAGUGUGGAAACUGGCCCUUCGGCCCAACAAGUCCACACUGACCUAUCCCCCUAAUUUACACAUCCCUGAACACCUGUUGGUAAUUUUGUGUAAAAUAUAAGUAAGCAUCUUCGUAAUGAGUCAGUGACCAAGAUAAUUUGAGCAGACUGGGCUUAUUGCUCUGGAGAAGAUCUUUAAAAUUAUGAAAUAAUUUGAUAAAUUACUGUUUCUGCUUGUGAAAACAUGUGGGAUGAGAGGAAAUAAAUAAAAAGACAACUCCUACUAUUUUAGACAAUAAAAUGUGAGGCUGGAUGAACACAGCAGGCCCAGCAGCAUCUCAGGAGCACAAAAGCUGACGUUUCGGGCCUAGACCCUUCAUCAGAGAGGGGGAUGGGGUGAGGGUUCUGGAAUAAAUAGGGAGAGAGGGGGAGGCGGACCGAA